AUGACCGGCCUCCAAAGCCUCGAUCUUUCUCUCAAUGAUUUUCAAGGAUCAAUUUCUAUUGCUAUUGGCAACCUGACAUCACUCACAAUACUCGAUCUUUCUUCCAAUAAUUUUCAAGGAUCAAUUUCUGGUGCUAUUGGCAACCUGACAUCACUUACAAUACUCUAUCUUUCUUCCAAUGAUUUUCAGGGAUCAAUUUCUGGUGCUAUUGGCAACAUGACAUCACUCACAAUACUCGAUCUUUCUUCCAAUCAUUUUCAAGGAUCAAUUUCUGGUGCUAUUGGAAAAAUACCAAGUUCCAUGGGUUCUCUAACUUGGCCUGGAUCACUACACUUGAGCAAGAACAAGCUCUCUGGAAACUUGUCCACGACAUUGCCAAGUUUUGAUUAUUUACAAGUUUUGGAUCUUAGUGAAAAUAAGUUUUCUGGAAGAAUACCAUUAUUGAUAGGAGAAAGCCUACCCCAACUUCAAGUCCUUAUUCUUCGCACAAAGUUGACCCAUCUUAAAGGUUUGUUAUCCCUAAACCUAUCCAUGAACAAACUUCAAGGAAGAAUCCCAGAUAAAAUCGACAACAUGACAUCACUGGAGUCUAUUGAUUUAUCAAUGAAUAAUCUUUCAGGCAUAAUUCCUCAAAGUAUGUCAAGUUUGACAUUUUUGGGAUAUUUAAAUUUGUCAUACAAUAACUUAUCAGGCAAAAUUCCUUUAGGUACCCAGAUCCAAGGCUUCACUCCGCUCAGUUUCAUUGGCAACCAUGAGCUCUGUGGUCUACCAUUGGCAGAUGACUGCACAAAAGCUGAAACACCUCUAGUUCUAAAACCAAGUUGGCACAAUGAAAGAGAUGGGUGGAUUGAUAUGAGGUGGUUCUAUUUGGGCAUACCAUUUGGAUUUGUUGUUGGUUUUUGGGGCUGUUUUGGGUCCUUUAAUGUUGAACAAGGUUUGGAGAUUGGCCUAUUUUCAAUUCUUGGAUAA